AGCACACACUCUAGCUCUCUAGCGAGAGCAAGCCACACAGACACACGGGGAACAGAGCCGACCGUACUGGGAAUUUCACAAUGGCAACGGCAAUCCGUUGUACUCUUCCCAACUGUUCCUGUGAGUGUUUCGCUCCUGGGAAGAACCAGCUACGAUCAUGUGAGCAAUGCCGCCAUGGCUGGGUAGCCCACGCUCUGGACAAGCUCUCCACCAGUCAAUCCUUCCCGUCACUCCGAGCUGAAGUCGUCCACUCAGACAUCGUCUUUGACAUAGCCAGCCUGAUACUGUAUGGAACCCAAGCUACACCGGUUCGCUUGAGGAUUCUGCUGGAUCGUCUGUUCAGCGUCUUGAAGAAUGAAGAGGUGGAUAGGAUUCUGCAGGGGCUUGGAUGGGGACAUGAAGACUAUGCAAGAGGGUACAUUCUUCAGGAUGCAGACGGAAAAGUCCUCGAGCAGUGGACUUUAUCUAGCAAUGAAGAGGAGCCCGUCAUUUUGAACCAAUUCCUUCGUUUCGGCGAGACCAAGUCCAUCGCCGAGGUCAUGCUGAAGGAGCUCCAGAUGAAAGACUCUCAGCAGGUACAGAAGAAGAACGAAUCUGAUAUCCGGGCUUUCAUCGAGAGGAUUAGUGGUGGGCGUAAACCGGUAAACAAUUCGUACAGUGGAAAUGCUGUGGAGAGACUUCCAGUGACACCGGAGUCACCAAGAACUUUACAGAAGUCGCUGCUGCCAGUAGACAUCCAUGGACCAGAUGCAGAGAGGCAUCAAACAACGCCCCCUAAACCAAACACUGAACAUAGAUGCUCAGGUCAGAGCCCAACUGUAGCAGCGCACAACAUCCAUCUUGCUAACUUAGAACAAACAGUGUUAAACGCUGGAGUAAUCCACUCUAGAGUACCCUCAUGUAGUAGGGUUAAGACAACUCCAGAAACCUCAAAGAAACCUCUUGUGAAUUCAGUUCACAGAGAACCUUCCCCAACUACUUCCAGUGCGCCUCCAUUACUGAGCUGUAGUGUGAGUAUGUUUCCACACUCAGUCAAACGUCAGUCUGGUUUCUCAUAUAAGGGCCUCAGAAAAGUCGCUCUUUCCAAGCGGCGAACCUGGACACCAUACUCGAUUCUUCCAAACAGCAAACAAGUCAAGUGUAACACGUGCGGGAAGUGGUUCUACGACAAAGGUACGUGGAAGAUCCAUUUCGGGGCGGUGCAUCUUAAAGUGAAAUACAGGUGUACAGUGGAAGGAUGUAACAUGGCGUUUAGCUCCUUACGGAGUCGUAACCGCCACAGUGCCAAUCCGAGCCCACGAAUCCACAGAACAGUUUAUAACAAUCGACGCAACCACAUUAACAGACGGAAGAUCGGCUUUCAGGAUGAGGAAGCUCAGCUACAGCCUGAGACUCCUGAGAAAGCUGAACAACACUGUGAUAAUGAAGAUGAUGUUGCAAUGGUAAUGGAUUCGGAUGGAAAGACAACAGAAGAUGGUGAUGUUGUGAUGUUGGAAGACCAAAAGCAAGGCACGGAUUCUAAUACUGCGUUCAGUGACAAUGAUAAUUCCGUCACGUCGCUUAAUAACUCAUCCCCGGAAAUGAUCAUUGAGGAUGAUAAUCCCCAAGAUGCUCUCGAUGACUCGUUACCAGAAUUUAUGGAAGAUCUCAAAAAGGAGGACGAUGAUUGUCCUCCUGAGAAAUCUUCAGAAAUGGAACCUCAGUCCUUCCAGAUGGAUGUAAAACCACCAGACAUCCAAGAACAAUCACAUCCAACUAGAGAAUCCCCAACUAUGCAUCAUUUUAAGAAACGCAAAAGCACUGCUCCGAGGAAGGUUUUCAUUCAGAAACAAGAGGAGGAAGCGGAUUGCCAGGAGGACGUCAUGUUCAAAACAGAAGACAUGACAUCUCAGGAGAACAACAUCCAGCAAGAUGCUGAGGAGGAUGAAACAGGGAUAGACUUGGAUGACAUUACCGAGUAUGAAACGAAUAACGCCGACCAGUCCAAUGAGCAUCAGUACAUUCCUCCUCCAAUGUUCAAUCAUAAGGGACGACCGUCUCCAGACAGGACGUCCAGCAGUCAACCUCAAGGUAUCGACAGCCUCCUACGGGAGCAGGAUAACCUUAGAUAUCACGUCGCUGAACAAAUGGGCAUUGGGUUAGACACCUGUUUCUAUAUCAACAACGAGGGCCUUCCCUCGUGCUAUCUGUGUGGUAAGACAUUCCAGAGCAAACAGACGGUCAAAGUCCACUACCAGAAUGUCCACUUGAAACUCAUGCACGCUUGCACCAUCGAUGGCUGCAAUGCAAUGUUUCCUUCGAGACGGAGCCGAGAUCGACAUAGCACCAACUUCAAUCUCCACAGAAAACUUUUUGAAAAAGGUGUUCCUUUAAAGGACGGGUUCGAUCAGGUCCACCCACCUGAGCCGACGUUUGGUCUGGCACCAGGCCAAGGAAAUGAUUCAGAAGAAAGACCGAAUCACAAAUUGCCAGACUCGCAGAGAAAUGCAGAUUUUUCGGAGGAAAUUGGAACGAGUCUCCACCCAAUAGCCGUAACAACUGAUCUAAAUUUGGAAAAUAGCAAUAACGGAAUUCAACUCUCAUCCACUGAAAUUGAUCUUAGACUAACAGGGCAGAAUCUUCACUCGCCCCCGAAUAAGCUCCGGUACAACAUGCAAGAUCAUUCCGCCCCGUCCUUUGAGACGGCCCCGCCCCAGCGCUUCAUCAUGCAGGUAGAUCAGAAUGGACAGUCCCCUCUAGCAUACAACCCACCCUUCAACUCCCAAAACGUCACACCCAUCACCCCGCCCCACGACCGCCACCCCUUCAAGUUUGUCGGCAGUCUGAUCUGCAAUAUUUGCAAGAAGGCGUACAGCACCAAAGAUACCCUGAGAACCCAUUAUAAGAAUAUCCACCUGAGGGAGAUGCAUAAGUGUACUAUUCAGGGAUGUAAUCUCAUGUUUUCCUCUGUGCGGAGUCGGAAUCGACAUAGCCAGAAUCCAAACUUGCAUAGACAUUGUCUUGAAGCUGACGGAAACGCAGACGGGGCUGAUCAUAUUUAGGGGGAAUUCCAACAAUGAGUCAACCUUAUUUUAACAAAAAUCGCGAGGGGGGAUAUUUUUUAAGUGUGGAGUAGACUUUUUUAUGUAGAGGGAAGUUCUUGGUGCAUGUAAAUCUAAGUAUACGUGGAAGUUUUAUAGGGGUAGCAUUAAAAACAAAAGUUUGAACUGUCAAAGAAUACCCACAAUCUCUAAAACAUCAAGCCAAUUUCAUUGCCUAGUCAAGGUGUAAAAUGAGGUAGUAGUUUCAUCUGGUACAUGGAGUUGCUUUAGCAGAUAAAAAUGUUGCGCAAAAUGCAAUUUUGUUCUGCAAUUUGCAACCCAUGUGCUGAGUUCCAAUUGCUUCAUUUUAACUUACUGAUGUUGUACAUGAAAGCAAAGGGGUUACGCAUGAAGGCUGGAAUAACCGAGAGUUAUCUCUAAACACCAUUGAUACAGUAAGGUCUUAAGAAUUAAGUACCAUACAUAGUAAGCCAUUUUCCUUGAAUCGGGCAUAGCAAAUGUUACACAAAAUGUCUUGUUUGCUACUCAAAAAUCAUCAUAACCUCAGACCUUGAACUUUGCUCCUGAAGAGGCACAGCAGUUAUGGGGGGAAAGUAAGUUUGUAUUGGAGCCUUGUUGAGGGCACCACAGCAAAAUCACAGGGCACCACAGCAAUUGCUGUGUGUCAUUGUGAGGCCUGUUACCUACUCAAUAUUAGCAAUCAGUUUGCACAAAACUUGUUUAACUGACGAUCAAAAUAUUUUGUAAUGCAAAAUUACAUGAUGAAUAAAUUUUGGAACACAAACUUAAAAGUAAACCACUCAAUGAAAUGACCUCACCCAUUGAUAUUAAUAGUAACAUGUUCACUCAUUUAAUUUAUUGAUGCCCAAAUUAGACAUAAUGUAUAAAAACUACUCUUUUUAUUGCAUAGAUGGGAAAAUGCAAUUUUGAUUCAUUGAUUGUCUUCCAAAAAGUAUUGUAAUUUUAUUAUUUAUUCCAAAAGCGAAGAAAUUAAUGCAAGGGUGACAUUUUUAAUUCAUUGCUUGUAUGUUAUAAAUGCUACAAGGGAUGUUGUUUGUGUAGUAUUAUAAUGACCUUUUAAAACUUUAAUUACUUACUUAUACUAUUCAUUUUUAUUCUGACAUUACCAAAGUUAUACAAUUUUCUAAAAUUAUGAAAUAUGUACAAAGAAAUGGUUGAAUAGGAUGUAUUCCUAAACGCCCCCCAAAAAAUUUAAAUCAAAUAUACGGGUGCAUGUACUCCUGCGCAACCAAAUUGUACCAAAUUGCGGAAUGAUAUUAAUUUUUUUCUAAUUUCAUGCGCAGUUUGAGCUGAGGACGAAACUGUCAAAUGCCAAGGUGUAGGCCUAUACAGAACAACAGUCGGCCAAAGAUGUGCCUUCUUUUGGUCUCAGUGAUGGCUCUGUUUGACAUGUUUUGAGCCUUUAACGAUGUUACUUAAAUAUGCAAAGGGUUAAUUUUAAUUCAAAGGGUUAAUCUUAAUUCACUACUUAUAGUGCGCAUAUUCCAUGUAUACAUGUACAUCCCCUUAAGGUGAUCCCUCUCCUGUAGCGUCCCGUGUUGUAUCAUAAACAUGGGUGUAAUCCCUGACUAUUUGCAGUUACAGGUUUUAACCUGCAACUGUUUAAAAAUGGGUUCUGACAAGCACCCCCGAACAAAGAUGACAAAAUAGGGAAACCGCAAACAUUAGGGGUAAAUUCUCAGUUGGUAGUGUGCCAGCAUGUUAAUCCGGAGGUCAUUGGUUAGAGAUACUGAACACUAUUGGUAAUUG